CGCUAGGAAGCAAGGGGCCCGUUUUGAGAAUUAUCGGCGGAACCCUCUUACUCUACAAACGCUGAAAAUUCAUGUUUUAUGCUUUGUGUAAUACGAAUACGCCAAUCCCAGCCAAAAUGUGUUGAGGGCUUGAGGCCCCAAUAGUACAAUAGAAGCUGUGAUGAUAUACUAAAAAUUAAAAAUUCAUUGUAGCACCCUCUGCUUGAGUGUGUGGGUUCGGUCCACCCUCUCUUGGAGCAGGUCCCAAUUUCAACAAAUCUGUCUAAUUGGCUUGAAACCAGCCCUGCUGAUACUAACACAAAGUGAAGACCUGACCAGGGAAUAAACAUUGUGUAUCUAAAUGUCGUCACUGAAUAUUGCUGCGAUACGGUUGGCUGGUUUCUCAUGGCAGGCCACUCGUUCUGCGAGACCAUCCUGGGUCUCGCAACGUCUCGCUGUUCCAAGAAGGGUCCCACCGUUUGUUUGCCCUCUGCGAGCGAGCUCCUCCCGUGCCAGUACUAUUAUGCCUUUGGACACACCAAGGGUUACCGAUGACCUCGAUAGCCUGAACGAGUUCUUCAGCCAGAAAAUUUUGCCUGCGUUCCCCGAUGGGGUCCAGUGCUCGUUUGCAUACGGCUCGGGGGCGUUCCAACAACAGGGUACGGAACACAUGAGCAAAAACAUGCUAGAUUUCAUCUUCGUUGUUGAUGACCCCGUUGCCUGGCAUACUGAGAACCUACAGAUAAACCGUCGUCAUUACUCAGCCCUAAAGUUCCUGGGCACGCGGGCCAUCACCCACAUCCAGCAGCAAUAUGGCGCAGGGAUUUACUUCAACACCCUCGUCAUGCUUGGUGCCAGGCUGAUCAAAUACGGCGUCGUGAGUACCGAGAGGCUGAUCACCGACCUUUUGGACUGGGAGACCUUAUACAUGAGCGGCCGACUUCACAAACCAGUGUUGACGUUAAAGCAGCCCACAAACCCUGAGUUGAUUGUUGCCCUUGACAACAACCUCCACAGCGCUGUGCAUGCGGCGCUUCUACAACUGCCGGACACGUUCACCGAAGAGGAGCUGUACAUGAGCAUCGCCAACCUCUCAUACUCCGGCGACUUCCGGAUGUCAAUUGGCGAAGACCGAAACAAGGUAUCGAACAUUGUGGUUCCGAAUAUCCCUAAGUUCCGUUCCAUGUAUUCCAAAAUCCUGGAAUCUGAGGAACAUGUGUUCUACAACCCUGUGCGACAGACCUACGAGCAGUACCCUAAUCACAUCUCACAGUACCAUCACCUGAACCUGCUCCCUAAAACUGUCCACAUUAAUUUAGUGUCUCUCUGUAACCACAACCGGGCCAUCCCCGAUACGGAGGACGUGCUACGCAACCUUGCUAACGACCCCCAUUGCGGGACAUACGUUGCUAAAUGCAUCUCGGACAUUGUCAAACGGUCAAGUUAUAGUCAGAGCAUAAAGACAAUUUUGACGGCAGGAUUUCUGAAAUCCGUCAAAUACAGUUCGAAAAAACUCUUGAAAAUGAUGCGAAGCGUGAAGAAUAAAAAUUGAAAAAAAAAAAAA